UCCUGAGAAGCCUGACUCUAGUAGUCUAACCCAACUCCUUACUACCCAGAAGAUUAGUUCUGAGUGAGCAGACAGCUGCUGCACGAAGGCAGGAAGGGCAGCGUGGGUACCUGGCGAUAGGCAAUGAAGCACAAAUGGAGGAAAACCCCUUACCCUUCAAUUUAUCUAACCAGGCAAGCCUCCGAGCCCCGCCCCCUGCUUGUCUAGCCCCUCCCUAAGACUGCCAAGGGACCCGCGGCUCCUGAAUCCCUUGCAAGCGGGCGAAUCCAUCGACUCUGGCGCUGUCCGUCCCGGAGGAAAAUCAGAUAUCAGGGCGUCCCGAGCCGCCAAAGGAGCCCCAGGCAGGCAAGUACGGUGACCUUCCCCGAAGAACCGGGGCGUAGCAACCUGUUUGCCCCCUUUGGAGAUUUUCCCUUCCUUUCAAAAGACCACCCGCCACCCCCAUCACUUGCAGUCUAGAAAGGUGGAAAUCUUCCUAGCAUGGCUUCCAGCACUGAAACCCGGAACACCUACAUUACAGUUUACAUGCUCACUGUUCUAAUUGGUUUUCCCACCAACCUGUUGGCCCUGCACGCUUUCAUCCAGAAGAUUAGACUCAAGGCCACGCCCAACUGCAUCCUUCUCCUCAACCUGACCAUUUCUGAUCUCUGCUUCCUGGUUUUCCUCCUCUUCAAGAUGGCGGAGCAGAUCGCCGGCCGUUGGGCUUUACCCACUUUUCUGUGCCCGCUCAGUGGCCUCGUCUACUUCAGCACCAUUUAUACUAGCACACUCUUCCUUACCGCGGUAAGCGUGGAGCGUUACCUGGGCGUAGCUUAUCCCAUCCAUUACAAGCUGAAGCGUCAUGCAGUCUACGCCCUAGUCGCCAGCCUCAGCAUUUGGAUCUGCUCUUUUGCCCACUGCAGCAUUGUGUACAUCACCGAGUUCAACCGGGACAACUAUUCCCUUCCAAGUGGGCCCUCCAGUAAUGUCUGCUAUGACAAUUUCACAGAGAAGCAACUCCAGGUCCUGCUCCCUGUUCGCCUGGAGCUCAGCAUUGUGCUUUUUCUGGUACCGUUCCUGAUCACCUGCUUCUGCUAUUUUGGCUUUAUAAGGAUAGUGAUCUCUUCACCACACAUCUGCAGGAGCAAAAAGCAACGAGCGGUCGGGUUGGUGGCAGCCACUUUAGCUGUCUUCAUCAUCUGUUUUACGCCCUACAACGUCUCCCAUGUGGUGGGUUACAUUCAGUGGGAAAGUCCCGACUGGCGGAUCAAAGUCUUGCUUCUCAGCACCUUCAAUGCCUGCUUGGACCCCAUCAUCUUUUAUUUUUCUUCUUCCGCCGUGAAGCGUUCAUGCUGUAGCUUCUGGACCAGAAUAAAACACCUUUGCAUGUGGCCUCCUUUGCUCCAUAAGCUCUUCAGCAGAGGGACUGAGAGAACAGGUUCUCAGGAUCAGGUGUGUUCUUCCCGGCUAUGACCUCCGGUUUCUUAGAAAAUACUUAAAUCUUUCUUUGUAGGUCAAGUGGACUGGCCAAAAAUUGUUCUGGGAAUUACUGACUUUUCCAGCCGGGCCUCCAGACUUGAAGCUUUUCACAUUGUGAAUGUUGGUUAUCUGUAAUUUCGGCAGCUUUGAGUUGAAGAAUCUUAGCCAGACUUCUCAUCUUUUCGUCCUUGAAACUUAGAAAUAGUAUUGCACAACCGCUGCCCCCAUCCCCUAGACGGAAUGAGAAUGGAUUUCAUGAAAGCUGAAAAAGAAAACGGGGGAAAAUACGUUGAGGACUUCAAAUGUACAUACUCAGGUACUCCAAGACUGAUUGUGAAAUGUGUUUUGGAGUUGUUCCAUUUGAGUCUUCACGGCAUACAAGACAUUUUCCUUGCUUUCUUUCCAUCUUCAUCUAACUGGAGAUACACAUAAUUUGCAAAAGAUAAUUUGCAAUUUCAGCUAUUGUUGUGAUUCUCACAGCAAUAGCCAGUGAAUUGGGAAUCCUGGGAAAUGUAGAACCUGACGCCUGGAUGUCAAUACACCAGACAAUACCAUCAUCUAGGAACUAGGGCUGGUCCUUAUAUGAGAUGUCCUAAGUUGUUAUAUCUGGUAGAUAAUUUUUUUAAAAAACAAGAAUGUAGUAGGAAGAAUGUGAGGAAAAAACCAUUUUUGAAAUAAGCAGUAUCUCAUGAGGCUGUCAUGUAUGAAUAAGAUGUUGAAUUAUUUGCAUUUAUAUUAACAGAGUUGCUUUUUUUUGUAAAAAAAUCUGGAUCAGAAUAAGUAAUAUAUUUUUGUGAUUAUUUAAGAAACUCUCUGAAGCAGGGGUCACCAACCUUUCAGACCUCAGGGACCACUAAAUUCAUAAUUUUAAAUCCCGCGGACCACUAAUACGAAUUUUAAAAAAAGAUAAAUAGCAUUUAGUGCAAUAUAAAAAAUGCAGAUAAUUUUUCUGCGGACCACCAAAAUUUUCUCGUGGACCACCAGUGGUCCAUGGACCACCAGUUGGUGACCACUGCUCUGAAGGGUUGUUGUUGUUUUGCACUUUGAAGGAUCUCUCCUGGUUUUUCAUUGGAAAAAAAAACACAAGGAAGAGCAUAUAUUUAAUAAUGUAAGGGUUACUGGAAAUAAAUGGGAAAUAUUCUGUGAAACCCCCAAAAUAGAGGCUGCCACUCAGUAAGAGCAGGAUUCGUGCCAUCGAAGCUUUGACCCAAAUCCAGAUUUGAAUCCAUAACCACAUAGCACAUUUUGUAUCAGAAGGAGUGAAAGUUUUUCUUGGUGAAAAUUCCCAAGGAUAUGGAAUGCAGCUUUAACCCACAAUGGGGUUGGGGGAAGAUACUUCCCCAGGGGUGGGCUGCUGGGGGUUCGCAGGGAUUCGAGAGAACCUCUAGCUAAGAUUCUGUGCAGUUUGGAGAACCCCCAAAUCUCACUCCUGACUUGCCCUGCCCACCCAGCCCCACCUCUCCCAGGAGUCUCCACGUGGCCUGUUUUGGAUGCAGGUAAGUGCAGGGCACACAGGGAGGCUCAGGGAGGGCAAAAAACAGGCCUACCAGAGGUUCGGGCUUCCAGAGCGUGGGGAAGCCGUUUUCACCCUCCCAGAGGCUCGAGGAAAGCCUCCGGAGCCCAAAGAGGGCAAAAAUGCCUCCCCACCAUGGUGCAGGAGGCUGACUAGUGUUUCUCAACCUUGGCAAUUUUAAGAUGUUUAGAUUUCAACUCCUACAAUCCCUUGGGAUUUCACCCUAGGGAAUUCUGGUACAAUACGGGUAUAAAAAAGGAGGGUGUAUCUUGCCUUGAGUUCUUUUCCCAAUAAAGGCACACGUUUAGCCAUAUCCGCACCGAAACAUUGUACAAUGUGGUUUGAAGCACAGCUAAUA